AUGGCGUGGUUUUCUCUCCCAGACCCGAUUACCGAAGCAACGUCGCACGCCGUCUUCCUCGACGCCGGUAAGGCCUUUGGCCGCCGGCGUCGGGUCCUCUUCUCUGUAGCUUGCUUUGCUCUGUUCUGGUUCUACUUUUUCGUCCUCGUCAAUUGCUGGAAUCGUGUUCCUGCCGUCUCCUACGGCUCUGCUCCGUCUUGCCCUCUCGUCUCCACCUCUCUUACCCCACGCCAGACCACCGCCUCUCCUACUCCCCUCUGGGUCGCCUCCUCCUCCCAUGGUUCACUCCGCCUCACCGCCUCCCCUGUUUCUCGCCGGCUCACCGUCUCCUCCGCAGUUCAUCUCCAUGUGACCACUCAUCCCCUCAGAACGAGAAGAAGUACUAAAGCUCUUGAUACUAGAUCUGCUCGCCUCUCUGAAACUGCAGAGCCAAAGCUUGAGUUUCAGUCUGAGCCCCCGCUUCUCACCGCUGUCAAUGUCCAUCAUAUCCCACCCCUCGACGCCGCUCCUCUCUGUACAAGCAGAACCACCAGAUCUACUCAUCCCGAGGGUAGACUCGCCAGAUCUGGAGGUUUAUGCGUAUCUGAAGCGUCUCAUUCCCUCCGUUCCGUCUCCUGGCCAUCUCAACUCUGUGAAAUGCUGGGUCUCGACGAGAUCUAUGGAUCCCGAUACGGUAAUAUCGGAGUUUACUUUCUCAGCUGGAGCUUAGUUCGCACUCCCUCAUGGUUGAUCUUCAGGAACAUCGCCUCACCUCUGCCGCAUCGCCUCCGUAUCCCAAUCCCUUCCGAGAGCCGCUGGUACUCAAACGACACAUGCUUUGGUCUGAACCAAAACUAUUUAUGGAGCUUAAACUUGCUGAUUGUUAUAAACUUGAGCCAUUAUUCCUUCUCCAAAGCAUCAUGUCAGUUUACAGUCUGCCAUCACGCCUCAGUGCAAAGGGUUCACCUAGCCCAAAACCGUGAUGUUGUGCUUAAAUUGCCAUUAUUUGUACAUCCAUCACAGAUUCACCUAGUCUCUUCGUGGAACCUCGAUGUUGGAGCUAGAGCUGUUCAUGCUCUUUCCACCUCCUUCCAAACUUUGCAGUUUGGUAUAAUCAACGUCGGUUUUGACUACUUCAUGCUCGUGGUAGUAACCUAUUCAGGGAUACAUCUCAUGCUUCCCACGGUUCUCCAAUGGAUGAGCAAGAUUCUCUCAUUUAGCUUUGUUAUCACUUGUUUUAUGUUAUUGGAUGUUCAUCAAACCGUCGAGGAUCCCUCCGGUUCUUAUCUUGUUACCGUUGAGCUUAGCUACGGAUGGACAUUUUGA